AUGUUGGUAUCCGAACUUGAAAUGCAACUCAACGACCAGAUAACGCUCGAGUACGAGGCUUUCUACGUUUACGAGAAGAUGGCGGCUCAUUUUGCGCGUGCUGACAAAGCAUUGUUUGGUUUCGCCGCCUUCUUCCGCCAUGCUGCCGAUGAGGAGAAGGAACAUGCGCGGGAAUUUACCCAGUUCAUUAACCAGCGUUUUGGCACCUUGCCUCUUGACAUGCCUACGUCUUGGAGCAGUCCCGUCGAGGCUUUGAAGGCCGCGCUUCAGCGCGAAGCUGAUGUCUACAAUUCCAUCCUCUAUGCAUACAAAAGUGCGGAGCGGCUCCAAGACUUCCAUAUGCAAGAAUUCUUGGAGCACUUCACCAAGGAACAGGCAUCAGCGCUGUUUAAACUCAAAUCUCUCAUCACUCGAUUGGAGGGUAAGGGCCCGGCAGUGGAAUAUCUCAUUGACCGCGAGUUGGCGGAGAAGCCCUCGAUGCACUAG